GUAUACUGACUUUGUCCAGGUGGGAUUUCUGAACUUUUCUUCACUAGAAUUUUUCUUUAUUUCUUAUUUAUUUUGUAUUUUAAGCAGUGAUAUUUAAUUCUCGUUUUCUCUAAGCCUUGAAUUCGAUUUAAUUUUUGGUCAAGUGUAGAAAAAACGGUCGCAGGUGUGACGCCAUGUGCGUUUUACAUGCAAACGAAAUUGGUUUUGUUUUCUUUUGGCGUCAUCGGUAACAGUUAGUUAGUCAAUACCGUCAACUUUUUUCAUAUAAAUUGUGACACAUCUAGUAUAAUUUGAAAGCUAUCGACCGAAACAAAAGUUUUCCUAAAGCUCAAGGUACAAGCCAAAAUUAAAUAUAAGCUUACAAAAGCUUAGUACGGCGAAAAUGCAAGAUGAUGGGGAAGAGCUAUGCGUUUCUGGUUUGGGUGGUUUGCGUCCUUCGUCAGCUUCAACAACUGAAGAAUCACUCGAAACAACGACGCUUCAAGAUGAAAGAGCGCCUUUGAAAAGGAAGUCCGAUGAAGACCUAGGGAGCGACCAAAAACGUCGGCUAGUAACAGAGGAAACUGAAAGCAGUGACAAAGCUAUUUGGACGCAGAAUGAUGAGAUGCAAAACACAGAGUCGCAUGGAGAAAACGGCAGUGAAGGAAACGAACUUGGCGAGCCUUCGGAACCAGAGCGUCGAGUUAUUAUAAUGAAGGGUAAUCUGCCAAAGCUGGCUUUACCAGAUGGCUGGAUAGCGCUAAAUCACCGGAGUGGUGGAAUCAUCUACCUCCAUAAACCAACAAGGGUCUGUACUUGGUCCCGUCCCUAUCACAUUGGAGGUGGAAGUGUUAGGAAACAUGAUGUACCACUGGCUGCCAUUCCUUGUCUUCACCAGAAGAGAGCAUUAUCCAUGGAAAAAGAGAAAACUAGCAGUGCAAUUUUAGAGGAUACCAACUUGCGUUCCAAUCUUGUAAACCAGGGAGGUUCAAUUUUGAAUACACUGAAUACUAUGAGUGAGGAAAAUACUGCAAAAACAAUUCCAAAUGAGAGUUCCAUUACAGAAAACGUCUCUGUUGGAGAGGGACAUAAGAGAAGUGGACUGGAUGUAAUAAUGAGCGUAACUGAUACAGACAACGUGACAGAGAGAAAUGGCGUGACAGAGAGGAAUGGCGUGACAGAGAAGACUGAUAUGACAGCUAGGGAUGAGGAAAUAGUGCAAAAUGGUCUGAUGGAUCUCGUGACAGCAAGUGGUGAUAUUACCGACAGAUGUGAUGUGACUGACCAAAGUAGCAUAACACAACACCCACAAGUUGUAGAGAAUUAUAACUUUUCUGAAAGUAGCGAAAGUUCUGAUGAAAGGGCUGCUUCAAAACAAAAGUCUGGUGUUAACGGCAGUAGCAGUACUACAUUAGAGUUAGUAGAUGCUGGAGAUCUAGGCAUGUACUUGUCAAGUAUUUGGGAAUUUCAAUCUCUUACCUCAGACCAAGAACGAUAUGCUGUGAUUGCCCAGCCACAAGUUGUUGAUGAUCUUGAGCUGCCACCAUCAUUAGAAUGCCAGCCACACCCCGUAAAAUGUUCAGAAGACAAGAGGCAGACAGGCAAAGAUUGUCUGCUGAAUGCUGGCGGAAAAACCCCGGUAGCAAUUUUACAUGAGUACUGUCAGCGUGUGUUGAAGACAAAACCAGCUUACCUGUCCAGCGAAUGUGAGAAUGCGGACACACCAUUUAUGGCAGAGGUCCAGAUAGGUGAAAUCAAAUAUGGAUCAGGAAUCGGCUCCAGUAAGAAACUCGCUCGACAAAUUGCUGCUGAAUCCGCGCUGGAAGUGUUGUUACCUGGGGUUUACACCAAAAUACGGGAUUAUCAGAUUUCAGAAGCCGAGCUAGAGUUUUUUGACAAAGUAGACAUCUUGGACCAUAGGCUUCCUGAUUUUUGUUCAAAGACAACCCUGCCAAAUCCCUCGCAGAUCCUUGAGGAGUGUCUAAAGAGAAAUCAAGGCAUCUGUUCGUCUCCGAUCCAGUUCAAGACCGUAUGCGGACAGGACAGAAGUCUGUCAUUUCAAAUCACAUGCGGCAAACACUCCGCUACGGGUCCUUGUAAAAACAAGCGACUUGGCAAGCAGCUGGCUUCACAACAGAUCUUAAAGAAACUCCAUCCUCAUCUUGAAAAGUGGGGAGCACUGAUGCGAAUCUAUUGUGACAGACCUUCAGGCUCUAUUAAAAAGUACAAGCAAGUUGACAGUACAUCUCACAGCGAGCGAGAAGAUGGGUCUGAUAUGAACCAGGAUAUCGACUUGUUGGAGCGUCUCAAAAUCGAAAUGAGAAAACUUCAUUCUGAGGUUAAGAAUACCAAAACUAUGAAAACCAGAAACCACUCGGCAGAGCCAGUCUUUACUGUGGACAUGUAAACUUAAUUGAAUGUCACAUAGCCAUUGUCAACGAUUACUGUGAUCACAAACAAAGUUUGUGACAAAGCUAUGAAAUAGCUGCUGUCAUAAAUAUAAAAUUAGUUUUCUCAAAAACGCAAUUGUCGUACCAUAACAUUUAUAAUAGCAAAGCUACUUGUACGGAAUACUAUCAGUAAAAUUUUUAAAUAUAAUUUUAUAAUAAUAAACAAAUGCAAGACCAGUAA